UGAGAACAAGGUUGUAAUUUUGCUAAAUAUUGGACAUUUUUUCCUGCACUAUAUUUAGGUGUAGCGUUACUUUACUACCUGAAGUCAUGAGUUCUCAAGGUUGUAAUUAUAAUAUCACCUAUUUUCUCUCCCUGAAAAACUAAAUAGUUUCGUAGUGCUAACGAAAUAGUCUUAAAUUUAUAUUUUUGUGAAAUUGACAACUUGAAUGUAAACUUUGAAAAAAGGAAGCAUAAACCACAGGAUUUUUACUACUCGAGAGGAGUUAAUGUUCAGAUGAUGAAUUCGUUGUUCCUCAUAUGGAUAUAUCGUGUUUGCAGAAUUCAAUAGCAUAUCAGAAAGUUCUUGAAGAACCAUGGACUUACCUUCAUAACUGGGAUUCCUUAACUCCCUCUGUGCAACAAGAGGUGGCGCAAAACUUCUUGAGUGAACUAAGCUCACUUAAAACUGAAAUGGCAAUCACCCAAGGUGUCUUUGAUCCUUCCAUGUUUGCUACUCAAGAUGCUUCGUGCGACACUGCAGUUUCAGAACAAAGUCAAAAUGGUAAUACAACAGAAAAUAAUACAAAUACCAAGUAGUGAUCUGACAGUUUGUAUUUUCUACUUUCCUGAAUAAAUUUUC